UUAGCGAGGACUGUGGGGUUUUUUUUUCAUAGCCUACCCUUUGGUGGAGAGCGUUUUACGCACAGGUGGGAGAUACCCGCUCAGCGUACUGUAGGACAGCCCCCCUCUCUGCUCCUCAGCGGAUGAUGUGAGGAAGUGACAUUUCUCACCGCUGCGGUUCGGGACAGCACUGCUCCGCUGCAAACAGGUGUGCUACCGUCCGGGUCACUUCUGCUGGGAAGCCACUGAGAGGCAGCGUCCCAAAACCGGAACCAAGCAUCCUUGACGCGGGACAGCGGGGACCAGAGGAGGAGAAUCAACCCGGUCAAGCCUUUAUUAGCCUGGGCUGUUUGAACGGGUUCAGACACACAGAGAGAGGAGAGAGGGAGGAAGUGUGAGGGAGAGAGGGAGCGAUGGCAACGAAAAAGGCGUGCGUGGAUGCGCCCAAAAGGAGCCGGAGUCCGGUCGUGUUGGAGGCGGAGAUGUUCAGUGAAUUUCAGGACUGGUGUCUCCGGACUUAUGGAGACUCGGGUAAAACAAAGACCGUCACCCGGCGAAAAUAUAACAAAAUCAUGCAGACACUGUUGCAGAACGACGAGUCGGAUGGCGUUUAUAUCGACAACAGCCACAUCAACGCCAAAUUCAAAUUUUGGGUGAAGUCUAAAGGAUUUCAGGUCGGGACCAACGUGCUGGGAGAGCACAACAAGAAGGGAGCUCCAGGGAAACCCGUCCUAUAUGUCCCGGUCAAGUCAACGUGUUCAGAUGGGAAUUCGGCCCAAGACAACUCCUCCCUGAAGCGUGUAGCUGUGGUAGAAGACUUCUUCGACAUCAUCUAUGCCAUGCAUGUGGAGAUGGGCGCCGACCCCGGGAGAGCACCCAAACAUGCAGGCCAGAAGAAGACCUACAAAGCGAUAGCAGAGACCUACGCCUUCCUGCCCAGAGAGGCGGUGACUCGGUUCCUAAUGAGCUGUGGAGAGUGUCAGAAGAGGAUGCACAUCAACCCCAGCACUGCAGAGUUCAAAGAAAAUGACCGACCCACCUCCCUGGUCCCGGACCUCAUUGAUUACAACAUGCCUCUUACUGCCACCUACCUGAAACAGAUGAAGCUGCAGUGCAUGACUGCCACUGAAAGGGAUGAUAGCUCGGUGAGCAGCGAGGACAUGAACGGCGUUGAGACCACAUGGGUCGCAGCUGAGCAGCCUCCAGUGCCUGAGCCCAGUCCACCCAACGGAGAGAGAGUCAGCAACCCAGCAGCCCCCCUUAAAGAAGAGGAAGACGACGACUCCUCGGAGAGCGGCAGUGCCAACGGGCUGCCGGCCCUGACCUCCCCGGAGGUGCUGGCUGUGGGUGGGAACCCCCCAGAUGGUGGGGCCCCUUACGGGGAGGUGACAGAGAACGGGCUGAGCGCUCCGCUGGACUUUAGCACCACCUCGCCCUCGUCCUCCUCAGAGGAUCAGCAACCGGUCAACCUGAGCGACAGACUGCUGCCGGCUGGGAGCUCGCCGCCAAACUCUUACCCCGCGGACCCCAACAGGAAGUACCCCAUCAAAACAGAGUACACCAACAAGUCCCCUCCUUACAGCUCAGGAAGCUAUGACUCUGUGAAAACUGAACUGAGCAUGAGCGCUGAGGACUUGACCUCUGGUCGGGCACAGAUAAUUGAUGAUGAUGAUGAUGAUCAUGACGACCACGAUGACAGCGACAAGAUCAAUGACGCUGAGGGUAUGGACCCUGAGAGACUCAAAGCCUUCAAUAUGUUUGUGCGUCUGUUCGUGGAUGAGAAUCUGGACCGCAUGGUGCCCAUCUCCAAACAGCCCAAGGAGAAGAUCCAGGCCAUCAUUGAGUCCUGUAGCCGCCAGUUCCCAGAGUUCCAGGAGCGCUCCCGCAAGCGCAUCCGCACCUACCUCAAAUCCUGCCGCCGCAUGAAGAAGGGCGGCUUUGAGAUACGACCUACACCUCCUCACCUCACCUCUGCCAUGGCUGAGAACAUCCUCGCCGCUGCCUGCGAGAACGAAACCCGAAAUGCUGCCAAGAGGAUGCGGCUCGAUGUCUACCAAGCGGAUGAACCUGCCUGUGCUGACAAGUCCAACUCGAGGGACCCGGCUUCUGUGGCGCCGUCAGGGUUCACCAUCUCCAGCGCAGCUUUUGCCCAAGACCAGCUCUACACCAACGGAGGCCUCAACUACAACCUGCGGGGAUACGGGACGGUCGGCAGCAACCAGCAGAACUCUGGAGCUGCACAAACCAACGGUCCCACAGAUCUGAGCAUGAAGUCAGUCGGCCCAAACUCCACCUCCUCCAGCUCUAACAGUCACGGUCAGGGUGGCGGCGGCGGCGGAGCUUCAGCCCAGCUCAGCCCUCCGGAGGUCACGGCGGUGCGGCAGCUCAUCGCGGGAUACCGAGAGUCCGCCGCCUUCCUGCUCCGCUCUGCAGACGAGCUGGAAAACCUGAUCCUGCAGCAGAACUGAGUCCGAGCCAAAACCCUCUCCCAGCCUGUCCACCUCUGUCGCCCUCAGUCACACACAUCUGGGCAGACGUUCAUACAAAGACACCAAGGUACACGAGUGAUGCUGCAGCGCACACAGUGGGUCCUGUAGGUACCGUCACUUAGUCCCACGUGUUUCUGUAUUUGGACGGGCCAGAACAUAUCACAGGCUGAAAAUGUUUAUUUAUGCAUUUGGUUCACUUUGACCUUAGUGCCCUGUUAUCUGUAGCCAUUCAUCCCAUUCAGUUCAUUUUACCACUUCAACCUCCAUUCGUCUCAGGAAGCGAUGAUCUAUGUGAAAGAAUUAUCUGCAUUGGUGCACAGGGGAGUACCACUACCUUGAAUUAGCUGUGACCAGAAUGCCACAUUGGCUCGUUUAUGCAGAUGUUUGGACAAAUUAACGGUUAAAUAGCAGUGAUUUAGCGUCAUUACCUUGUGUCUAUUUUUACACAAAUUGUAAAAUAUGCUGUACAGUGGCAUGAUCUGAUUGGGUCGUCUGAUUCGAGUCUUUUCUAAACCAUAACUCUCCAAAUUCACUUCUGUGCUUUCUGGAAGUAGAUAAAUCGCUGCUAAAUCCACUGACCUGUUAACCUCAACAGCUACUGAAGGAUGUGCUGACUUACAUAUACACAAAAAAAACAAUGUAGAGAAAGGUUAAAAAAAAAAAAUCAGGACAGUGUUUGACAGUUUUCACCUGAAAGGUUUGACCAGCAGAUCCGUCAAAACGAUACCUCGGUCCUGCUCUGUUGGAGUGGUUUCCAGAGUCUGCGGCCCCGUGUACAUGUGUACAGAUGUUUUUGAAAACUGAUAUUAUUCCCCUCCUUUCAAAUAUGUCUGUCCACACAACCUUGGUUUUACAAAAUAUCUUUGUCCACACUAGAACGCAAAAACGACUCCAACUGCUCGCCGGCGUUAGCUGUCUUCAGCAGCCUCUCGUCACAGGCAGCAAAGUGUACAGGCGGACGUUACCUUUUUCAAAACACCUACUGGGGAUCUCAUGACUGUUGAUGUGUGUUUAAUUUAAGGAGGAUGGAGCUCACUCAAACAUACGAGUGAAGCUCUGGACAAGCCAAAGUUUUCCUUCCAAUACUCAUCAACAACAAUCUGGCGAAUUUCAAAGAAUGGGCGCUGAGGUGGACCGAAAAAACAGUGGAUACAGCAAAUGCCGCCGUUUCUCUGUGAAGGGGUGCAGCCAAUAUUAAGUUUAAGUGUAAAAUAGUUUAGCGAAGCCUGACCUAUCUCCACAGUGCUUUGUCAGCACUUGAGGAAGUUUUCGAAUCACCAUAUUACCAUAUGACCACAGUCGUUGGCUUGAUUUCGUUUCUCUCAACCAAUCAGUCCUCCUAGGCAGCGCGGAGUCCAGGACACAGUGACAGGGCUAACUGUUAGCAUCACACAGCUAAUGCUACCUAACAGUUAAUGUGUUUAAUGACAGCGUCGAGCUGUUUCAGCAUCAGUGUGUUUGUUCAACCCGGUCUCACUUCGAAGUCGUCAAAAUUUGGCACUCAGACAGUGACUUGCAGCGUCAGACACUGUUGAAAAAGCCGUCCUUUAACAUCAGCAUGACACACUGCCUGUUGCUGUUAGUUUAACGGUGCUCGGCAGCGUCAGGGGGGAAAUGCGGCGGGACACGAAUGAAAGUUAAGGCGACAAAAAUCCAAGUAGGGCAGGUGGGAGGGAUGGUGGAUGGGUACAACAAACACUGACCUUCACCUGGGAGAGUGGUGUGUGUCCCGCAAGAUCAUAAAGCCAAACCCUGUUCUGUUUUCCUAAGGAGGAAAAACUCUAAAACUCAGUUUGAGUGUGGACGAGAGUCCAGAACAUGGAGGAAAAUAUGAAUUCAUUAAUGCCUGUACACGUGUAGACGGGGUCUUUGGCAUGUGGUCACUGAGAGACAAAGACUCAUUACCCAAUGUGACUUUAUUUUCAGUUAUUUUAUUAUGAAUAUUUCUAUCACAGGCAAUUUCUCAUGACUUAAAAGGAAAGGCGGCUUUUAAGAAGCCUGGGUAUGCAAAUUGAGGUCGCAGACACCUGUCAGGGAUUUAAAAAAAAAAAAAAGGAGAUUAAUAUAUUGUUUAGACUCUUGGUUUAUAACCAGUUCUACUGGAAAAGAGGAACAAGGUGCAAUAUUGAAGAUAAUCAGUAACGGUGGGCUUACUGAAAUGACUCUGUCAGACGUGCUGAGGUGUUCUAAGGCAAAAAGGCGGAGUACAUUACCACAAUCUCCUCCCGCUGCAACUGUCGAGUUGUAAAAAAAAAAAAAAGAAAAAAAAAGAAAUGAUAUCCCAUGCAGCAUUGUAGCCAAUUUCAAUGUUGUUGUUUGUUGUGAAUACUGAUCUUUAUCGCUAACCUCAUAACUGAGGCACUUUCAUGUAUCGGGAUCAGUCAUCCGUAGUGAUAAAGAGGAAAUGGGACCUGGCAGAACAAUGAGACUUAAUGUUGCACGUCUUGUUUUAAUUUAAAGUGAGUUUUUUUAGGGUUGUUUUGUGAAGGAAUCGUCCUGUGAGUAUUUUUUUAAGUUAAAAAAGGAGCACAUUGAGCUCACAUGCAUCGGUGUAACCCUAACAUCCAUGUGGCUUCACUGGAUGCAGUGUGAGUGUGUGUGUGGGCUGCUCAGACAAAAGAAACUCCGUCCGUCUGUCCGUCUGUCUCAUCCCCUCUGACCUCAGCUGUGUCAAACUCUCUCUCAUCUCCAUCAUCGAUCUCAUGUCUGAAAACACACUGUCUGAAAAGAAGCAAGAGACAAUCUUUGAAAAAGAUGUAAUCACAUCACAGUUUACUCUCCCAGUUUUCUGCUAUGGUGUGUGUUGGUGCGUGUGUGUGAGCAUGUGUGUAUGUGUGUAUGUGUGUGUGUGGUCUGAGGGCACACAAGAGUACUCAAAGCAGAUCUAGAGCACAGUCUCACAACAGACACUUUUAAUGGUGAGUCACUCGGCACAAAAACAUGUGGUGUAAGUGUGUGUAUGUGUGUGUUUUUAUUCCUUUGUGUUGUUGUUGAUGGCGUAAGUGUUGUUAUUGACAGUAUGUUGAUUUUUUUCUGUUGGUGUAUAAGUGGAGUGACCCAGUUUGUAAGACAUCAAUCUGUGAAAGAUUUAAUUCAGUAGGCUGAAACAUUCCAAACAAGGACAAUGACUCUUCGAGCAGCCGAGAAAGCGGCUCACACCUUAUUGAUGAUUUGUCAAAGUUUAGAGAGAUAUAUUUCUGUAUUUAUCACAGAUCAAAUUUAUCAGUUAUUUAUCAUGAAUCAGUCUAUUCCUCACCACCACCAGGCCGCUCUAGAGUUGAAUUUACAUACUGACCAUUUUACAUUUUUAUUCCCAUGUCACGAUUGGGCUGCAUCACAUUCACAUUUAAAUUCUUUUAUCUAUUGCAAGUUUGGAAGCACUUUAUAGCUCAGGAUUAAGGUAACAUGACGCAGUGAUUUGUGUGUGUCUUUACCUCAUUUGGAACAUACUGAGAAGUGAUUAUAACAAAGGACAGAAGCAGAGCUCAAUCUGCUUUAUUGAUUACUUUAAAAAAGAAAAUCAAACAGCUCCUGUCUGAAAGCUUUACUGGAGCUCAGAGUGAACUCAUCACAGAGGGGUGUUUCUCAGAAAAGCAGGUCUCACGUUGAAAAGUCUGUCUUGAAUCAGCCAAACAAACAGAACCAGGAUGAAUCUGUUUCAUGAAGCUGGUUUGGAGCCAAAUCUGGUUUCUUUAAUGACGAUCAGAGGGGUCCGUCACCUGAAUCUGCUGCUCCGCUCAGCUUUACUGUUUUGGUUCAUUAUUGCUGCUCUCAUGUUGUAUUCAUAUCAAAUGUGUUGCGAAUUUUCACGUCACAUUACUCACACAAGUUUGAACACUAGAAUAUUUUGUGUUGACUCGCUUCAUUCACGUGAAUAACUUGCGUCAUACGCACAUGAAAUUGCUGAAUCAAUAAAUUAGCUUCUGCUGGUACGUCCUCGGCAUCGUACGUCCUUGGAGGAUCUCAAUACCAAUUAGCUAUCACGGCACAAAUUGGUCCCUGAUUUUUCAACUCUCACAAAUAAGCAUAUGGUGCCACAUGUUUAAUUUGCACUGCUUAAUUCGUGUAUUCCAUGUUAUUUGCACUGACCGGUGGGAAUUUGCAUCUAUUGGCGUCUUUAUAUUGACACAGCAUCAGAGUCGUUCUCAACUAGGCCGACAGCAGGCGGCUGUUCUCAGUGAAAAAAUCUCCAAAAACACACUGUACAUUUCCUGCUCAGCACAAAACAGCAGACUACAUAAUGCCGCUGGGGGCACCCUCUAGUGCAGUGGUUCCCAAUUUGUGUUUAGUGGUCCAAAAGUGGGACACAGGUCCAUUCCAAAUGGGCCAGGAGUGAUUCGCAAAUGUGUCAAGUUUGCAAAGAACACACUGUAUUUUAAAGUACAAUAAAUUUCUGGCACAGUAGAGUGAGGGAAUAACAGACAGUUACUUAACAGAGACGGCAAAUUAGCUCAAUGUCACGGCCAAAUGCAAGUCUGAUGUUGAAUAUAUUAAACUGUGUGGACCUUGAACUGAUAACUAAAGAGAAAUCUGAAUCCAUUGCUGGAUCAGUUGGGAACCACUGCUCUAGUCUGUUAAGCCAACUCCAAUGUAAACCCAUUUGCGUCGCUAUUAGAGCCCUGAGCCAACGUUUGGUUGUUUGUUGGCAUCGUCCAUCGGUGAACAUCUUUCACCCUAGUUUUGAGGUGUGUCCAGCACUGUUGGCACUUCUUGGCCUUUUUUUUUUUUUUGGGCCAAUCCAGCAUGUUCAAUUGACAUCUGAGAUGGUGGAGCCCAUCGCUGAAUCAAAUCACUCUGAUUGGCAGUUCUGUUCAGUGCACGAGAGGAAAAACGAAAGUGAGGAAGGCAAACAAACGGCUAAACAAACUUGUUUUAUAGGUAAGAUUAUGUUUUUAGCCACUGAGCUCUAGCAGAAACAGUUUGUAACUGUUUUUAAUGCUCACUGGUGGACAGUAAAUAUACUCUGUUCUUGCGGCAUCAAAUUUUAAUGUGCAAACUGGCUAACCAGUGUCCUGAAUCUGGUAUCAUUUCCUCUCACACAUGCGCAGAAUAUACUUGCUAUAGUCUUUGCGGUGUGUUCUGGUGCCACUUUUUGCCACAAGUUCUUUGACGCUGGUUUGGUGUGUCUGGGCUUUUAGAUAUUCAGAGCAAUGGAUGCCGUAUAAAGAGCACAAAAGUCCAUGUAGGGAGACGGGUCCAACAAGCACAGGACUUUGACCCGGAAGACUGGUGUUGGUGUCAUGUGUAAAACUAAAAGUCAGUGUUGAGCUAUUUUGUCACAUUAGUUGCUAGUCUUGCAAGCUGACUGAUGUGACUGUCAUCAACCACAGUCUUCUCCUAAGCCUAACCAAGUAGUUUUGUUGCCUAAACCUAACUGCCAACCCCCUCUGCAUCGAGAUCAACCGACUCCUUCUGUGUCACGAUACAAAACACUGCCCCCUGCAUCAUUAUAGUGACCCUUGGUAUCAAAAUAUGACGUGUAGGGAUGAGAUCACAACGUACUUGAUUUGUGCAAGUGAUGCAACAUCUUUAAUUUAGUUGCAGUGCAUUUAGAAGCACACUUAGUGACUCAUUGAAUAACAAAAGAUAUUAGGUCACAUUUUAAUUGUGUCAUUAAGUGCAUCCCGUUUCUGUGACCUACAUUUUUAAUGCAGUGCAAGCAGACUCCUGCUCACAGUGCAGCAGUAAGGAGGAACCUUCAGGUAGGAAGCUUUGAUAGAACGGCAUGUUUCAGUCUGCCAAAGCUGACACCUGAACCAGGCUGGUCUGAAGCCUCCAUGGUAACGUAGGUCUAAUUGAACCUCCUUCAUGAAACAGAAUGACGGUUUAGAAUAAGCCUGCUUUGACUGUUUGAUGAAACACCCCUCUGGACUCAAACAGACGUAAUCAUAGAUGUACGUGGGACCUGAGUCCUCACACAUGUCUUCCUCGUCUCCUCCAACCUGCUCGUUUGUUAACUGCAGCCAUAGCAGAUCCUCUACACUUCACGUCGAACUCAGUGAUGCCACGUCGUCCCAUUUUUCAACUGACCAACCAAACAUUAGCUUGCAGAUCUGUAAACUGUCUUAAAGUCUACGCUGAGCAACAUUUGUGCUGGAGUUAACUGUGAUCAACGACAACCACUUGUUGUCAUGUUGUUGUUUUGUUUUUUUCUAAUAACGCCCAAUGGAUUUUCUCUUUGUAUUGACUGGACAAUGUAAUCUAUUGGUGUUGAUUAAAAUGCCCUGGUAGCUUGUGGAUUGCUAAAGUGGUCAGAUAAAUGUACUGUAUAGCUGUACAAAGAGUGAUAAAGAUGUUUUAAACCUUUUUUCUGUGGGUACAGCACUGUUUAAAAAAAAAUCAAAGUGGUUUUAGCCCUUGCUUGUUUUAACUUAUCAUUUGGUGGUGGUCUGUAUUACUUCUAUUGUUAUUUAUAUUAUUUCAAUUGUUGCCUCUCCUGCACUGAUAAGAGACUGUAGCUCUGUGCAGGAGGUUGUACUGUAAACCUGUGUGAAGCUUUGUAUUUCUUCCCCUCUGGUUUUGGACUCAGUGAAAGUGUGAUGUUUACAUGUACAGUUUUUCAGAAUACUUUUGCGUUUUAUUCAGGCUAUAGUUUCUUUUUCCGCACCUAUUCCCCCGAAUCUGUGUACAUUUGCCCAGAUAUUUUUCCUUCUGUUGUUUCAUUGCAUCAAAGUGCAGACGUGACCUCUUUGACUACUUGGUCACACGGUCAUGAAGUGUGCCGUGACAGCUGGUUGUGGUCGGCUCGGUGUUGUGGUGGCUUCCAGCAUUUACAAAAAAGAAAAAAAAAAAAGAAGGUAAAUCUUAAGUAAAAAAGG